UCAGUGCAGACGCGCGCGUCUCUGUGCGGUCACGACUUCUUGGGGGAGAACUGCAGGUCUUUGAUAAAAACGUAUAGGCGACAGUUUAUUAUUUUACAUCCACAUGGAUAUCAAAAGCAUUCGAUGAGUAGUUUACAACGAGACUAAAAUGACAGUAAACAGUGGGAGUGGAUGAAAUGCGCAUAAAAUCAUGGAAUUUCUGGAAGUGAUAUUUUAAAACAAUCCAAGACCGGCGCUGGAUGUCUCUUAAUUUUGGAUUUGAACAACAAUCCCAGGAUUUAACUCCAGUGACAUUCAAAUCUCAUGAGCUGAUGGAGUAUUUUCAUAAAUCAAUUCAAGUUCGUUUACCGCUCGCUUAACCCAAAAACGCUGUGUUCGAGAGGAACUGAAUUAAAGCGCAUCUCGCCGGUAUGGUGCGCCUGCUGAAUUGCCUGGUCUUGGGGUAUUUGACAUGGAAUCUGCGGAUAUCUGAUGCCCGAGGAGAGUACUGUCACGGCUGGCUAGACGGCAGUGGAAAUUACCACGAGGGCUUUCAGUGUCCGGAGGACUUUGACACGGCGGACGCGACGGUGUGCUGCGGGAGCUGCUCGCUGCGCUACUGCUGCGCGGCCCCCGACGCGCGUCUCGACCAGGGGUCCUGCACAAACGACAGAGAGGUGGACAACAACACGCAAUAUGCUGCCCAGCCCAUCUACGUGCCCUUCCUGAUGGUGGGCUCCAUCUUCGUGGCGUUUGUAGUGGUGGGUUCUCUGGUGGCCGUGUACUGCUGCACUUGCCUGCGACCCAAGCAGCCCACACAGCAGCCCAUCCGCUUCUCACUGCGCAGUCAGGGCGAAACCAUUCCCAUGAUCCUCACCACAGCCCCUCCCAGCCUGCGCACGCCGUCACGCCAGUCCAGCUCGGCCACCACCAGCUCCAGCUCGGCGGGAGGAGGCAGCUCCGUCCGGCGCUUCUCCCUGGGCCGGGGUGACGGGCUGGGACAGUGUUCGCAGCAGCAGCAGCUCCUGAUGGUUUCAUCUUCCACGGCCUCCUCUCCUGUGUCCGUGGCUCCGGCGCAGCCACUAUUGCCUCCACCGCCCUACACCUCCCAGCAGGGCAGUAACUCUCUCCAGAUACAGCUGCACCACCAGACCCGGCAAAGCUCCGGCUUCCUCCUGCCACAACAGUACUUCUUUCCCCUGCCGCAGGAACCGUUCUCCACAAACAAGGGCUUUGCCGACUUCAGCCAGAGCUGACCUGGGGUUCCCUGCUCAAAAAGAAACGGUCACCAAAGAAUGUGUCGUUGUUGUAGACUCGUAUUACAGGGGCUCCCGCACUAGUGUGUCUUUCAGCAAGCUCGAUUGGCACUUGUGAGACGGCUGCUGGAAUUUAAGAGCCACGUGGGCCGCUAAAGCUGGUGAGAUUGUGAACUAUCAAUCUGACAGACACUCAAGUGAUGUAUACAACAUGCAAGCCUAAAUCUACAACUGAUCGUAUCUCAUAUGCACUUUCAGUCUGCUUAUUUGAUGAAAGACGUCAAUUUUUUUUUUAAAAUUCCAGCUGGUCAGUGACACUCCACUGAACAUUUAGCCUCUGUAUUUGAGAUAAUUUGAUGUAUAGAUGGACAGAAUAUUACAUGACAAUCUCAAUCCCAUUUUAGGGGUCCUGCACUCAAAUGGUGCCAUGUAUGAAUGAGGGUUUUAUAGAAAUGAUCUUAUUUUUCCAAUGGGUCAGAGAUUGAAGGUUUAGUUGACAGAUUGAGACAAAAAUUGUUAAUGUUUAAAACAGGCAUUAUUCUUGCUCAUAGACUAUGUCACAUAAGGAACAGGUUAACAUCAUACGAAUGUACAGCUACCUUUGGGAAAAAAACGUUUGGAGAGCAUUCAUUCUUCAAUUUUGUAUAAUUUGUAGCAAUCUGAAAGCCAUUAUUGGCUUAGUUUCAGAUUACAUUGGCAACACAGUUUGUUGUAUUUGAUAUGAGACGUUUUGUAAAUGAUCAGGUGUAUCUAAAUGUACAGAGCAGCUGGAAGCACAUCAUGUGACGAGACGGCCGUCAAAUAAGUAUUACUAUAAUUAUUAUUAUAAGUCUCUAACCAACAGUGUUUUUGAGCUAAAUGAAACCGUCUCAUCACUCUUGAAAGACAGUAAUGCAUCAGAUAUAAUAAGAAUGAAAGAACAUUGAAGAAACUGUAUGACAUCAGGUUCCAUUUUAGAACAGGCUGACUGAGAAUAUGUGACAUUCCAGUUAUCCUGUUACCCAAGAAUGGAAAGCUUGUUUUAACCUAUGGACUAAUUCUUUCUAGGGACACAGCCGUGGAUACAUUUACAUCAAGUGUGGCCAACAUAAAUAAAUGGCUGUUAUUAAAAUAUGGAACAGAUAACAACUCUAUUAAUGUCACUGACCAACAGAACAGUCAGAAUGAUACAUCUAAACUACAGGGGAUGUCAUCUAUUUGACGUAUCUCCACUUUUUCCUGUUUAGAUUGAUAUCGCAUCCUGUUUAAUGCCACACAUGAUGACCAGCUUCAACAUCAUUUGUCUUUCCACAAUGAAAGCAAAAUACUAUACAAUGCAACAAUCACAGAAAAUACUUGAUGCUUAAUAUACAUACACUACUGUUCUGUUUGUGGUAAAAA